AUGAGCUGUUGGUGCCUGAGGCCACAAUAUCCAGUGACCUUCAGGCGCCAACCUCAUCUCCAGCUUAUCGCUGUACUGUCCUUCUUUGAUAUCCUGUACUCGGCCAAUGGGGCAGUAAUUCUUGGUCUGUUCUUGAUCUUGUCGCCUGGAUUCACCCAGUUCAAUAAGUCCUACCCCUCCCACCUUUAG